UCGUGCAAGUCAGUGUAAUUGUGAUUGGUGGUGCAGUGCAACAAGCGAAACGUUCCUUGAAGCGAAGCAAGCGCAAUAAUAUUUUCGUCUAUCAAUCGGUGUACAGAUGUCGAGUACCGACGAAUGCAAGCUGAAGGGUGGACACCCUCCUGCAGUAAAAGCUGGCGGUAUGAGAAUUACUCAGCAUAAAACACCAAAAGAGGAUCGUGAAAUGAAGCCAGUGAAAGAUGCUGACGAAAGUAAACCGUCGAGUAGUCCACCGAAAACCAUAAUGAUCAGUGGUGCCCCUGCAAAGGGAAAUGCAGACUUUCCUCCAGAAGCUGUGCAAAACUUCCAUGAAAAGCCUAUACCAACUCAUGAAGCACGUCCAAUUCAUUGUUCGCGUCCCAUCAUCAUCCAACAGCCCAGGAAAUGAACAACAUGUGGGCUUUAUAUCAGAGGGGCUAUAUUUGAAAACAGUAGCCUAUACAUAUUAAGUUUAAAAAAAGAAAAAAAAAAGAAUUAUAGAUAUACAUACAUGUAUGUACGUACUUAACAAGUUUCUUUGGGAUAUAAUAAUCGGCUGUGCAAACAGAAUUUUCUAAUACAAACACACAAUCUGUUUCCCAAGAAACUGUGGUUUUCUGUAACGCGAAACGAAGUACCUCGCGAGAGUUUAUUACUGUUAUUAAGAGAAGAAAGAAUUUAUUUUUGAUGCAGCGCCGCGUGAUUCCUGUAUCUGCAUUUAGGCGAACGAUCGACUCCGACUGAUCGGAUUAUCGUCCGUACAGACGCAACUAUUAAACUAUUAUAUCUGUACCACGCUGUUAUCUAUUUUGUAAUCACUUUAUUAGACGCGUUAUACUGUAGAGUACAUGUAACCGUCUUCGGGACCAGAACGCAUUUCAAGAUGUACGACUCGAGGAACUAAUAUUACUCCACUUUAUUUCGUUUUCGAGUUUCCCCAUCCUUGUAUUGUAGUCUACCUUAGAUAUUGUAGAAAUUCGGCCGAUCUCUGUAAAAUUUGCAAUUUAAUUGUCCUGAAAUCAAUGUACUGUACUAUCCUACGAGCAUAAUUGUCAACGGUGUAAAUGUUGAACGAGAUUCGUCACGUUGGCCACAGUUUGUAUGAGACUUAAAGGAAAUAAAUAUACGUUCUUAUA